CUCUUUCCCAAAAAAUUUGAGAAAAGUGACCUUCACAGUCAAAAACCUCAGCUAUUAGCAUGCCACCAAAAGGUACUCGAGGGGGCGGAAAGCCAGGAAACAGAGGCGGAAAAGGGUUCCAUUUAGCUGCAAGAAGUGGAUCCCAUGCAUACAAAGGAAGAGCACAAAAGAUAAAGGAUCAACUAGUGCACAAAGCUAAGGUCAAAAAAGAUUAUUACAAACAACUUUCAAGGGAAGAUGCAAGUUUAGAGACGCCAGAUUAUGUCAAGGAGAUCUUUGGUGAGAAGACAAUAGACGAAGAUGGAAAUAUAGUAGAAUACGGUACAUCGUCUACGAAGCGAAAAAGAGAUGACGGCGACGAAAAGGUCCAUGAUUUGGACGAGCAAUCUAGUUCAGCAGAAGAAGAUGGCUCGGAUAGUGAUGAAGGUGCUGGAGACUCGACGAGGAGUAGACGAAAUAAGGGAUCGAAACCAAACCCGUUCAAGAAGGAAGUGUUAAAGCAGAAAGACGCCAAAGAGGCUGCACAGCAAGAGCUGGAACAGAAGAAAAAGGAGAAGGAAGAGCAGCAAAAGGGUAGAGCAAAAUACUACAAGCAACGCAAAGAAGUUCGAGGAAAGAUGAUGGCAAGAAAUUCGCGCGGUCAACCCAAAAUGGGUACGCAAAUCAAUCUCCUUCUCGAUAAGAUUCAACAAGAUGUUGCCAAGGACAAUAAGCGAGAGAAGAAACGGCUGAAGCGAAUGGAAAAGCGAAAUACCGAUAAUGCAAAUGAAGGACAGGAUGCUGAUAAUAACGAAUAGAUGCUAUUAGCUGACUGGCUGCUUUAUUUCAAACUGUACAAUUAAA